AUGUUUUAUUUAUUAAUACUGUCUCUUGUCUCAGUUGCUGUUACUGAACUUUGUAGCAAAGAGAUUCAGGUAUUACGCAAUGAAAAUCAAAUUCUGAGGAGGAUAGUAAACAAGGUUGUAGACGAACUAACAGAAUAUAAAAACGCUCUAGAUGAACUCAUUGUGUUUAAGAAAAGCUUCGAAAACUAUACCACAGCAAGGGAGAAUGAACGAAGAAUGAACGAUAGAAGGCAAACAAACAGCCCAGUCAUUGCUUUCCAUGCGUUUCUAUCUAAAAGUGUUUCAGCAUUAGGUAUACAACACACAGUGCCGUUUGAUGAAGACAUGACUGACGCUGCGAAUAAGUACAAUCCGUACAGUCAUGUGUUUACAGUACCUGAAUCAGGCGUAUAUGUAUUUACAUGGACAAUCCUCAUAAAGAAUAUCCGAUGUUCAACUGAAUUGGUAGUUAACGCAGCGGUUACAGGAAGAAGCUAUCCCGAUUCUGAACGAGAUGACGAAAACGAUACAUCCACUGUUAUUGUCAUUAGACAAGUGGCAAAAGACGAUGUUAUCUUUGUACGAGUUAAUAGUGGGUGCUCCUCUAUAAGGAGCGACCAAUAUGGACGAUCUAGUUUUAGCGGAUGGAAGCUUUGA